UGACAACCCUAUACAAAAAUGAUGAAAUGAAAAUGAAAUGAAAUGAAAAAGCAAAUGGCUGACGACUAGAAAUCGACGUUCUUGAAUUUGCACAAAAAAGAAUCCGAUUCAAUUACAUGAAUUAUGCGCAAUUUAUGAUCAUGAUUAGCAAAAUAAAGCUGUUUAAGCAUUAAUUGACUAGAAUAAUAUAAUAUUUGAGGCAAAAGCCUGACUAAAAUACUGAAUUAAACGAAACAUUACUAUCUAACCCGAAUACCUAUUUGCAAAAAUAAAACCGUGCCUUCGACGGACCCACGUCCGUUUAUCAUUGGUUAAUGUAAUGUAAGAGAGAAGCCGGGCGGGAGCCGCCCUCGUGAGCAUGGAGCGGUACGAGCGCAUGGACAAGAGGCACAGCAAGCAUCACAAGGAAAAGCACAAGAAACGCUCUCACAAGAAGUACAGGAGCCACAGCGGUACCCAUGAACAGUCAUAUGCUACUAGUAACUCUGUUAAACCCCUGGUGGAGUAUUCUGAUGUCAGUUCAGAGGAUCUUUCCGCCCCGGAGGCUGGAGAGAUCGAAAGCGAGGCCAGCUCUAUAGGCAGGCACAUUGCCGAUGAUCUGGAUAGAACCAGAAAGUCUCACUCUAUACGAACAUUUCUUGACAACAAGAUAUCUGUAACCACCACAUCCCGUCGGGCAGCGGAGGAAUACACACUCACCCGUGAUUCUUCUUCUGCAGCGAGAAAAAGGCGCGGCGUUGAAUAUGAGGACCCCAUCCCCGAGUAUCAGGACCUCCUCUAUAAGAAGAAGAAAGAAAAACGCAAGAAGGAAAAAAAGAAGAGGAAAAAGAAGUCAAAACACCACUCGCGCUCUGCGAGCUUAGAUAGCGUUUCACCCGAUGAUAAUGUUCCAGCUGGGACGCCUAUUCGUCCAGCAACACCACAACGAUACACUCAUGUGCCAAUCAGUGAAUGGGAGAAGGCUUCCUCUCCACUUAGAAAUGGUUCCUGUUCUCCGGUUUCGCCUUCUACGCCUCCGUUAAUGAGACACAACCUGUCACCUAUGCACAGGUCAAUCCAUAGAGAGCCACCUCUACAUAAUGCUAUGCCAUUCUCACCACAUAGAGAGAGAUCACCAAUUGUUAGACGGCGACAAAAAUCAACGACCCCGCACACGCCGCUCGCGCCCCCCUACCACGAGACGGUGACCAUUGACUCUGACAACGAUGACUACGACCACAGCCGGCGCGACUACUGGCACGAGCAGCAUCGCAUGUCCAAUGAGGUCAUGGUCAUAUCAGAUUCUCCGGUGCACGAAGGGCGCGCGCGCGAGUACAGUCCGCGCCGGCAUCGUCGCCGCAGCCCGCGCCGGCGCCGCAGUCGCGAGCGGGAGCGACAUCGAGACCGCACCCAUCAAAGAUCACCCAGUCGCAGUUCACUGAAGCGCCGGCGCACCACUCGCUCGCGGAGCAGGCGGCGGUCGUCCUCGCCGCCGCGCCACCGAGCGAGACACGGCGAGACGACCAAAGACAGGCAUAGGACUAAGCACGAGUCGCCAAGUCCCCCAUCUGUACUGCAGCGGAAGAUUGACUUCAAAGAGAAGAUCAGUGAUACCAGCCUCUUUGCUGAACUUGUCAAGGAUAAACAUAAACGUGCUAAGAAACUGCAAGAGAUCCUGGAGCAGAAGGAGGAGUCGCAGGGCGCUGCGUCCAGCUCCGCCUCCUUGUCCAACAACCCGGAGACACUCACCAUUGACGAGUUGUCCAACAACACUGUCGACAGUCUCACGCAAACAUCCAAAGAAAACGGCGAUACGUUAGACUCGAAGACUGAUGUAAUAGACAUUCCGAUGCCGGUCCCGCCGCCGUCCGACGGGGAGUCCAACGCCGAGUCGGAGUCCCUCCCGCAGUCGACGGAGCUGGUGCCCCCGCCCCCGCCCCCGGAGUUCCCGAGUGACGUCACCACACCCACGGCCAACGGAGAGGUCACUGACAGCAACAGCUCAGAGCCCCCAACGAAGCCGGCGACGCCACCGCCGGAGCCCGCGCAGCCCCCAUCGUUGCCCCCACUGCCCAAAGUGGGGGGCAGCGUGGUGGAGGCUGUCUACGUCACAAACCAACAACCGGCACCGGCUAAGCCGCGGAGUCUCACCAAGCUACCCAUGCCGCCUAAUACUCAAGUUGAAGACCUAAAAUCCCUGGCCGGUGAGAGUCCUCUCAGCACUCCGUCGUCCAGUCCCGUCAAGAAGCCAGACAAGCCUAAGAGGACUGGCAUCAUGAACUUGCCAAUGCCAACUGUGAUACCGGGCUCGGAGGAGUUGAGCGGCGACGAGCUGGACGGCUCCACGCCGCCGCCCGCGCCGCGCGCCUCCGCCCCCGCCCCCGCGCACGCCCCCGCGCCCGCGCCCGCGCCGCACCCGCACGCGCAAUACUCGCACGUGUUCAGCAACAGGAGGGCGAGGGACACGGGUUCCAAAUUAAAAAGGCCGCGGAUAUUGAAGCGACGGGGCUCCAAGGUGGUGCCCGUCGCGACGCCCACUCACCACGCGAAAGACUGGGGGGAGAAGUGUGUUGAUGGCUUCCAGGUCAUAACGCAAAUAGGCGAAGGCACCUACGGCCAAGUGUACAAGGCGCGAGACAAGAACACCGGCCAACUGGUGGCGCUGAAGAAGGUGCGGUUGGAGAACGAGAAGGAGGGCUUCCCCAUCACCGCCGUGCGCGAGAUCAAGAUACUGCGCCAGCUCAACCACAAGAACAUCGUCAACCUGAGGGAGAUCGUCACGGACAAGCAGGACGCUUUGGACUUCAGGAAGGACAAAGGCUCGUUUUACCUGGUGUUUGAGUACAUGGACCACGAUUUGAUGGGUCUGUUGGAGUCCAAGAUGGUUGACUUCACCGAGUCGCACAACGCGUCAAUAAUGAGGCAGUUGUUGGACGGGCUCGCCUACUGCCACAGGAAGAACUUCUUGCACAGAGACAUCAAGUGCAGUAAUAUACUGAUGAAUAAUAAAGGGGAGGUGAAACUGGGUGACUUCGGUCUCGCCAGGCUGUGGUCGUCGGAGGACCGCGCGCGGCCCUACACCAACAAGGUGAUCACGCUGUGGUACCGGCCGCCGGAGCUGCUGCUGGGCGAGGAGCGCUACGGGCCCGCCGUCGACGUGUGGUCCAUGGGCUGCAUACUGGGGGAGCUGUUCCUCAAACACCCGCUGUUCCAGGCAAACAUAGAAAUGAUGCAGCUGGAGAUGAUCUCGCGCGUGUGCGGCACGCCGACGCCCGCCGUGUGGCCCAACGUGGUGAAGCUGCCGCUGUGGCACACGCUGCGCCCCAAGCGCUUCCACAAGCGCUGCGUGCGCGAGCAGUUCUCCUUCAUGCCGCCCGCCGCGCUGCAGCUGCUGGACCGCAUGCUGGAGCUGGACCCCGACCGCCGCAUCGCCGCCGACGAGGCGCUCAAGAGCGCUUGGCUCAAGAACGUCGUGCCCGAACAAAUGCCAGCACCAGAGUUGCCAACGUGGCAGGACUGCCACGAGCUGUGGUCCAAGCAGCGGCGCCGCCAGCAGAGGGAGCAGGAGCAGUCCAAACCAAAGUCCUACGGUUUCAACCCAGAGGAGAAAUCCGACUCGACCGGUUUCAACCAAUCCGACCCGAGUUACAAGAGUGAACCGUUCAAGUCGGAGGGCUUCAAGCCCGCAGAGACUAACCCAGAGACUGUGGGCCAAGUGAAAUAGUAUUUAGACUUGUAUUACUAUGGAUAUUAUCAGUGAAAAUUGGUGCUUAAGUGUUAAGAUUAUUGUGAUGAAGUACACGCCAACGGUUGUUCAUACAAAAGCUUUUUGAUUCAUCCCACUCUGACGAUCACUCUAGACCCUAAUUCUUCAAGGUGAGUCCUCUAAUGCUUUCUCUUUAAAUAAUUAAUGACUUGAAAUUUCGUAAAGAUUUUUUUUAUCAAGAAUAUUUUGCAUUUACUUCUAGAGUAAUUAAUAAAUUGUGACUAUAGAUCAUAUUUUUUUAUCUUUACUAGUAUAAAAACUGCCUAAUCUAUAAGACAAAACCAACUUAAGAGUAGUUUUGGCCUUCAAAUUAAGUUUCGAAUAUUUCGAAUGACCAUCUUUUAUAUAAGUUGACAAAUAUAGUCCUGCUUACAGUUAGAUGUAGGAUGGUGCGGGUGACAGUUUGUUUCACGACUCACGAUGAUAGUACGUAGUACGUCAUACUAAGCGACUGUCACCGCACCUAUGCUAUCUGAAAAACACUUUAGUUGUCACGUGUACCUCUUAAAGAGACUCUUUUAUUGGCAGAUCCCAUUGAAAAAACGAAGUUGAAUAGAUAUGAAAAGUUGUUUUGCCGACCAAGCACACAAAGUCUUGAAUUUCUUACGUCACCCGAACAUUGAUGGUUCCUCCGGCGACGAUACUUCGGCCCUGUUAAAAACAGUCGGAAAAAUUUUGGGUAUAUUUGCUACAACCAAAAUUUUUAGCAAUGGCGUGCACAGUUAUAAUGAGGAUAAGCACUAAGGCAAACACGUUUUUGCUAUGUUGACGUUUCUUUGGUUUUACACACACCAAUACGUUUGUGCUAUCGACUUACUACUACAUACAAAAGCAAAGAGACUUCCUGACGUAGAAUAUAGUAGGAUGCAAUCUUAAUGACGUCUCUGAAGUAAGUUGGGGUUGACGCUACGCGCAUCUGUACAUAAUUUACGCUAAAAUCACGCGCUGGGUGAUGCUUUGUCGCUGCCCCCCUACGUAACCGGUGAUACCUAAAAUCUUGUAUUGCACAGCUUAGCGUACGAUGUUCCGAAACGUCGUUAAGAUUGCAUCCGACUAUAAUUACUCUAAUAUUACGCUUAAAAGGGCUAGAAUCCAGAGUUGUGAUGUCUUAAAACAGGCUAUUAAAAAAUAGUGUUCAUGGAUUUACAAAUAAAUGAACUGUGUUUUUGUAUACAAAAAUUGUUGAGCGAACCAAAAUUAUUUUGUUAUAACCAAAGGAUAAUAAGCAUGGCGAUAGUUACCUACGCUUUGAACGUUUAGAAAUUUCUAAUUGUAAAUAUGGUGGCAUUCGCGAAUGUUUCAAUGUAUUUUUUUUGUUCUCAUAUCGAAAUAGCCUACAAAAUAUACAUGUUAAAAAAAUUAUCUUAGUAUUUGUAAUUAUGGCUUUCUGGUUGUGUAAUAAAAAUAUCAAAAAUAAAAAUUUUGCAUUUGCUUUAUUGGAACUUUCUAAACGGUCACUGUCUACACCAUGUCUAACUAAAUUGUAUAAUAGUUACUUUUCUGUAUAUAUAGAUUUGUAAAUAGAGUUUUAGCAUAACUGUAUGUGUAAGAACAAUAACUAUAUAAAUAUGUUGGAGUGAGGUGUCUGUUAGUCUAAGAUCCGGCAUAAGUAAUAUAUACCCUCAUCUGUUAUAUAUUUGGGAUGAUAAAUAAAUGAUAGAAAAUAUUCACAUUGACACAUUGCAAAUAGGUUGCCUAGUUAAAUUGCGGCCAAACAUAUUUUUCAUACUAAAUCUAGAAAACUAUUUUUAGCAGGUUAAGAAGUGGUUUACAAGUAAUAAGAAAACCAAUGUCGAACAAAGGUUAUGAUUCACAACAUUUAUCAGGACAACUUAGCAACAAAUAAACCUGUAGCCAAAAUAAGACCCUAGAAUGACCUUGAGUGAAGUCACGCACUUGUGAACGCUGUGUGUAGGGUUAAAAGCGCCUUUGACAGUUAACCAACACUACCUAUUUCCACUCAAGUCACUCUCCCCGCCUAUCCCAAGUAACCCAUAAACAAUUACACAAGAAAUGUGGACGGCUGGAACAACCAGUAUACUGAAGCCGACCGUACGACAGGCGCCUUAUAUCGCAAGUCGUUCCCGCCAACCGAUCACCCCUUUCAAACUCCCCACUCUUUACGAAAAUAAGUCGCGCCACCUGACUUCAUAUCUGGCUUAGAAUACUAUUUCCAACACUAUAUAUAUGAACGCAUAGCAUAAAAUAUGCUUUUAUUUGACAUAUUAGGCGACUAAAUAACGGAUGAGGUUAUUUGUACAACAUGAAUUAACUGUUUAUGUCUAGCAACCCCACAGUUGCAGUGUGAAAGAAGGCAACAUUUACGUUUUCAAUUCUGUUGGGUAUAUUUCUUUAAUUUUUAUUCAUUAAACAAAAAAGGAAGUAGAUUAAUAAAAUUUAAUCAUUUAAUACUCACCAGGCGCUAUUUCACAAGGCAACCUAUUUGCAAUGUGCCAAUAUAUUUUCCAUCAGUUAUUUCUUAUCCCAAAUAAAUGACAGAUGAGCGUAAAUAUUCCUUAUGCCGGAUCUCGUACUAAUUGUGUUAUAUGAAUUUUAGUGAAUAUAAAAUUAUUUUCUUCCACAAUCAAUUUUGUCAAAUGUUUAGUUGCACCAUGAAAUUUGAAGUACUUUUUUAAUGUUCUAAAUGUCAGCUGGCGGACUGUCAUCAGUUAGCCUUGAAUGCGACUACGAAAUAUCUCGUGUAGAGAAAUAGACAUUGUCUAUGCGGAAUGAAAUAUCGCUAUCUCUUUCAUCUCAACGCAAUGAAUGAGAGAGCAAUAUCGCGUCGCUAUUGGUCAAUUUGUUUUCUCAUCCCGAGAUUUGUGGAAUGCAUCUUAGGCCUAUAGGCUUACUUAAAGCUGCAGUGUGAAACAUCAGGGAGAUGCAUUUAUGUUCACACUGUUGUAUAGGCUAUAAGUAAAGUAUACAAAAAGUAGCCUAUAUGUUGCUCAAUAACCUGUUAUCUUCCUGUGAGUCUCAUUAAAAUCUGUUCAGCCAUUCAAAUAAGUCUGUACGUACAGACAGACACAUUAAAUAGCAAACUUGUUACUGUUUUGGUAUCAUGUAAAUAACUAUAGGCCCUUAGUAAAACUGUUAUUUUGAAAUCACAGAAUUUUAUUUUUAUUUAUUGAUGUUGAGAAAGACAAAAAUUGUGAAUAAGUGCUCUUAAAAACUUAUCAGGGCCGUUUUGACGGCCUAUUCCCUAAAAUGAAGUGACGUACUCGUAUAUAUAUAUAUAUAUUGUUUUGUAACGUAAACUUAUUAUACAUAUCGAUGUAUCUCGUCCUAUGUAAUAGGGAUGAUGACAGUUUUUUAAAUUGUAUAUAAAUUAAGAGUAUGCUAAUAGUAAAGCAAUUUUCUAAAAGUAACAGGAUAUCUGCGAUCAUUACUUUCGGAGCUACAGGGAUUUAAAGAGUUAGAUUUGCGGCGCUGCCGCGGAUCCCUGGAAAACGCCCCAUACAAAAUGGCACGAGCUAGUGACGUCGUUGGCUCGCUGAUCGUUAGAUUUGUAUGGGCGUUCAAACUAAAUCAAUAAUAUCUUUGUUAUUUGUGCGUUUAUGUUUAUAGUUCAUUUAUUGAAAAAUGUCACAUUUAAUGUAAGGAAGCUAAAACUGCAAGAAUUUUUAUCUAAUUGCGACAAAAAAAAAUUGAUAGAUUUUGAAAUUUCAUAAUCUUAUUUAUUUUGCAAAUAUCUUGCUUUUUUGUAUAAACUAGUUAACAUUGACCUUAUUUACCCGAAUGUAUCAUAAAAAUCAAUUUAUUCAAACCUAGUCAUCAUCCCAAUUGUAACAAUAUUUUAUGUUAGAACAAUGGGGAAUAUGCAUGUCUUCAGAAUUAAAACCAAGUUAUUUCUUAGAUUCCUACUCUUUGUGUAGUCAUACUUACCUAUAUAGAAAUAUAUAAAGAAAACGGAUUAUUUAAUUUAAAACAUAUAAAGUAUAAAACUAUAACCCAACUACGUAAAAAAGGGGUCUAAAAGGAACAAAACGAGAAAAUGUUUAGAUGGAAAUAGAAAAAUGCAUACAUACAAAAAUUCGUCGCACCCUUUAUACUGUUUUUUUUUUAUUCUUUACAAGUUAGCCCUUGACUACAGUCUCACCUAAUGGUAAGUGAUAAUGCAGUCUAAGAUGGAAGCAGGCUCACUUGUUAGGAGAAGGAUGACAUUCCAACCCAUUUUCGGUUUCUACACGACAUCGUACCGGAACGCUAAAUCGCUUGGCGGUACGUCUUAGUCGGUAGGUAUAAAAACAAUAUGUAUGAUUGAUACCAAUAUGUAUGUAAUUGAUGAAUAUGUAUUUUUUUUAUACCUAAAUAUACAUACAUAUUUGUAAUGUGCCCGCCAAGAACUUUUGAUACCAAACACGUGAUAAUUAUCUCAGUUUAAUUUUUUUUCUGGUUAGAAUCUGAGGCUUAAAUUCUGUCGUAUAAAAGUUUGAUAAAAUCUAUAUCGUUUGACACCUUAGUCACCUCAUUCAUUAAAAUAGGUUCAGUAGUUUAGGCACUAACGUGGCACAUACAUACAUACAUACGUAGACUGCCAAGAUCAUUACCCUUCCUUUUAUCUUUGCCGUAGUCUAGUAAAAAAUACAUGCAUAUUCCUUGAGCAGAAAUAAUAGUUAACAAACUUAUGUAUAUGUCGUUUGUUUACAUUUAUUUAUUUGUUUAAAUUCUUGCAUGCAUGCAAUACUUUCAUCACAAUGUAUGAUAAAAUGUUUAAACAUUGUUUAUUCUGUGAUUGUAAAUAGUGACUUAUGGAAUUGAAGUUUCCUAUUUUAAUUAUUUUUUAACAUUUUUAUUGAUAUAAACAAACUAUGAUGUCAAAUAAUUUGGUUUACUUUACUCACUCUCCCUGCAUUAGAAAUAUCUAUAAUUGUUAUUUUUAACCAACUUCAAAAAAGGAUGAGGUUCUCAAUUUGUGCCUGUUUUUUGUUUCAAUUGUAAUGUACCUACUUUCUAAUUUAUAAUAUUUCUAAAAUCCUCUUUAAUUUUAUGGAUAUAUUGAUUUUCUUUAAAAUUAGAGAUAUUCAAUAUUUCCAUAACCUCACCUCUGUCUCAGUUGGUAAAGCCUUGGUUUUCAAUAGCGAUGUCCUCGGUUCAAUUCACAACUCGGAGUUAAUUUUGCAUUUUAUUUUUUCUAAAUUCAGGCUGAAAGGCUUCAACCACAGUUGCUGGUGAUAAGAUUAACCGCCGAGCAAUUUAAAGUAUCGGUACGAUGCCCCCUAAAAGGCCGUCACAGGUAUGGGUAGAAUAGGCUAGUUGACACUUUUUUAUGGGUCUUGGCAAUAGAAGCAAAAACGCCUGUCAGCCAUGAUGGUCUAUUUCAACUAUUUCAUGGUGUCACGGUUAACAAAUCAAUUACAACAAACAAACAAAAAUAUUAGUUCACAAUUUGUUUGAUGUUUAGUAUAACCAGUGGAGUCACAAAAUGGACGACAACUUUUAACACGUUCGCUGCGGUACGAGGUCAAUUGACCUCGUACGCCCAGCGUCUUCAAGAGUUACGAGGUCAAUUGACCUCGUACGCAUAGUGUCUUCAAGAGUUACGAGGUCAAUAGACCUCGUAACUCUUGAAGACGCCACAUAAAGUUUUAGUAUGAGAGGAAAGUACAGAAAUAUCAGUGCCGCAGCGAACGUGUUAAGACGUUUAGAAAAAUUUAUUAAAUAGCUACAUAAUUUUUAAAUGAAGUUUUCUAUGAAAUCUUUUAAUUUUUAUUAUUAAUUAAUAUCACGAAAUUAAUAUUGUCUAUAUUAAAUGUGAUAUGAGUCAACUACCCUACUAUUAUUGAAUAAAAAAAGGUGACUCUAAUGUCAGGGCAGGGCAAGGCUUUAUAUAAUAACUAGUUAAAUCAAAUACGUAAACAUUGUAGUUUGUUUAUGUAUCUAUCUAUCUGCAAUAAAUUAAACUAAGCCAUCAUAUUAUUAUGCGUAUUUAUUUAGGUAAUCAAAUUAAACUCGUUUGCAUUUAAAAUUGUAGAUAAUUUUACAUGUUGAAUAUGAAAUCACUUGUUUUUAUGUUUUAUGAUGUCGACAGAGUACCUAGAUUUACAGAAAGUUUUUUUUUAUAUUCAUAAUUUUGUUGAAUUUUGCAUACUCGUAGGUUGCAAUAGGUAAUAUUCCUAUUUUGUUACAAUUUGGUACCACUUUCAUGAGAUAUGUUACAGUUAUCGUGUUUCCUUCCAUAAUAAUUUUUCCUCAGUUGCUUAAAAAACUGUUUUAAUGGUACAUUUUUAUCAUAUCUUCCAAGAAAUUGUGAUAGCACUGAAAGCUUUAUUUAAAAAUAAAUAAUAGUGGAAAGUUUGUUACUUUGCAUACAGUAAGAAAUAAUGUAUAGCUUGACCUCUUAUAAUUAAAGGACGCACAAUCAUGUAGGAAAUGUCACUUAAAAACUGGCCAAUUUUGCUUUGGCAGUUUUAGAAUUAUUGGUAAAGAAAAUUAUACCUAAAGUCCUUUAAAUAUAGUCUAAUAUUCAAUAAAAUCCCAAAUUCAGAGCAAAUUAAGCUAAAGGAUUGAGUUUAAGGUUGAAUUUGCAAAUGCGACUACUUGAAUUGAGUGCCAAGUGGGGACGUUUUUUUGUAAUAUCUUGGCAAAAAAGCUAUAAUAACAAGCAAUAAUAUUGUGGUAUAAAAGUAGACGUAGUAACUAAUCGAGAAAUGUAUGGUUCAAGUACGUAGAGAUGAAUUAGAGACAAGCAAAAGGGUGAGUGUGAAAGGAAUUGUUGAAAGGGUAAGGCCAACGUUGUAAAUUCAGCUUAUUCUCGAUAGAAGCCAGGUCAAGAGAGUUCCCUAAACCAACGGACUUGUAUGAAAGACUGAGAAUGAAAAAAAAAAAAGGAGUGGAAGGACGUGGUGCUUACCUCUACGAAUGAGGCGUGAUGAUUGUGGCAAACGUUUUUUUUUUCAACCAAUUUCAAAUUGCAUUAUCCGGCGUUGUUGAUAUGACAAUAUUAAAGUCAAUUCAUUGUGUAUAGAACUUUAGCAAAGUAACCAUUGACCUCUUAUAAUAGAAGGACGCACAAUCAUAAAGAAAAUGUCUCUUCAAAAGUGGCCAAUUUUGCUUUGACAGUUAUAGAAUUAUUGGUAAAGUAAAAUAUAAUAGUCCAAUAUUUAAUAAAAUCUCAAAUUCAGCAUUCAACCUUAAUGAUUGAUUGAGUUUAAGGUUGAAUUUGCAAUUGCGACUAACAGAAUUGAGUGCCAAGAAGUUGUAUUUGGCACUCAUUGGUUGGGGACCUAUUUUGGUCGCUGAUUGUGCAAUGUGCAUCCACUUUUUAUUAGGAGAUCGAUGAAAGUAACGGCUACUUAUUUCAAUAUUUAUAGAACAAUUUAAUUUAUCCUUAGAAAAAUAAACAUAAUAACGUAAAACACUAUGGUUAUAGUCAGUUUAAAAUAUUCUAAUGGGUGCAGAGAUUACGGAAUGUACAACUUAGACAAGAUGAAUUAUGUUUAUUUUAACAGUUAUGGUAUGCGCCAACUUUGAGUCCGUUGAGACAUCGAAGCUUAAGACAAUGCAUAAAAUAUACCUACCUAUCUCCAAAGAUUAUAAAACAUAAAAAGUAAUAGUAUAAAACGUCGAUGCCUAUCCCAGCGGUAUAUCGGUAGAUCGGCGUUACAAUGUUAGAAUGGACUGGAAGUUUGGCGCAUAUUAUAUAUCUACAUUUUUUUUAAAGAAUAUUUGCUAUACGACAAUAGUCUAACGGGGCGGGGAUCGAACCACCACCCCUCGGUGAUGAGUCCGACCGCUUUUACCGUUGAGCUAUUGAGGCUCACAUUGCGUAUAACAUAUGUAUAUUUUCAAGUGGUUAAAGUACGCGAGCUUUAAUGCAACCAGUUAGAAUAGUGUGAAUGUGAUGGUAAUUUGAAUUUAUUGAAAGCAAUAUAGGUUAAGUAAUGUUGCCAGAUGGAUAAUAAUCCGGAGUUUAGACGGGCAACACUAAUAUUGAAACUUGUAAAUAUAUUAUGUGAGGUUAAACACCAAUACGGCGUCCAUGCCUGACGUGGACUAGUACAUAUUCUAGGACGUGUAACAUAUUUGUAUAGAUUAUUAUUAUGGAAUCGUACAGAAUACCACCGUGGGGCCUUGUAAUUCUGCCUCCUGUGUGUUCCUCUCCUUAUGUACUAAAUGCUGUAAGCAUUUAUCUAAUUAUAAUGUAUGAAAUCGGUUUUUCUCAACUGUAAAAUUGUUAUACUAUGGCUUCAUAGGUACCUAUGUCACAAUUUUCAUUACAUUGUUUUUAUAUACUCGAUUAGAAAAAUGAUUUACACCAAUAUUACAUUCAAAAGUGAGUGUUUUUUUAUAUUUAUUUGACAAAAAAUGUGUUGAAUCAAUUUUAGUCGGAGAGACGGUAGGCAAUUUUGAAGACGUGCUAAUAAAAACUGAAUUUCUAUAAUAGUAACUUUGAUAGCUGGAAAAUCAACAAAAAAAAACAACACGCUAUACCUAGGCUUUACUACUUACAAGACGCAUGUUUUGAUUCGUCGCAGGGACAUUAUCGAACUCCACAACAUUCACUUGUAGAAUCGCUUAUUGAAAGUAUUUGUUGCCAUUGACGUUACUUUUUUUUAAUAUUUGCCACAUCUUUUAAAUUUGACUCCCAUUCCACUUCAACUAGUUGGAAAUGACUGUAUUAGGAAUGGGGACAAUAGUCCAGCGGGCAGGGAUCGAACCACAACCACGAUCGACCACGGUGAUAAGUCCCAACCUCUUUAUCGUUGAGCUAUUAAGGCUUUUAAUAUUCUGAUUUUAUUGUUUAGUCAAGGGGACCGAAUUUAAUUCCAAAAGGUCUUCGAUCUCCACCCAUUGUAUUGUACUAUUGUCCUUCCCACUAUUAGCACAGCAUAAGCAUGUUGAAACGAAUUUUUUUUAUGGGAAAAUAUGCCACAAACGUUUUAAGACAUAUAAUAUUUUAAUUUGAUGUGUAUUCUUAUUACUCUGACGACAUUCUGGUGUUCGUCGAAAUAAUCCACCCACAAGAAUUACCAAAAUAUUUUUAUUAGGCACCUCCUCAAAAUAACCCACUGCCUCUCGGAGUAUGUCGUUAUAUCUAUAAUUUCUUGAGACUGAAGGAUUUUUCUAGUAAGUAGUGUGACCAAACUCUGGAUUGUUGCAUAAUAGAUAUAGAAUAUUACCUAAAAUUAUUGUAAAAAUGUACCUAACUUUUUUAAAAAUAAAAUAAUAUGAUGAAUUGGG